GCGGACAGGGGGACUGGGCCAGCCCAAUUCCCACCCUCCGCGCCCACUCCCUCGAGGUAGCCAAGACUCUCCAGGAGUCCGUGUCACAGAGCGCUCUGCGCCCCUGCCACCUGCCCAGCCUCCCGCUGGGGUCCGGCGGUCCCCACUCGCGACCCCGACAUCGCCGGGCUCCGCGGCCCCCGCGCCGACCCCGGGCCGCCAGGGGGCGGGCAGGAGCAGCUCUCCGGGUGCCUCCCGACCGGUUCCCCUCCCCCGGCCCGCCGGCCACUCACGGAUUUUCACUCGGCGGUGGUCCAGGCGCACAGCGGCGGCGUGCAGGGCGUCGAGGCGGCGGUGCAGCGCGGCGGUGCGGUGGCCCAGCGCGGCCGCCUGGCCUUGGAGCUCGCCGAAGAUGUCCCCGGCGCAGCGCGACAGGUCGGCCAGCUGCGCCAGCAGGCAGCCCAGGGUAUGCGAGCUGACCUGUUCCAGCGAGCGGAAGAGAGGCGCGCCCGCAGCCCCGGCCCCCGCCGCCUCGGGCCGGCGCAGCCGCGCGGGCUCCAGGGUCCUCUGGUGGAAGGGCAUGGCGGGGGCGGGCCGGCGGCGCGGGAUCCUUCAGUCCGCCCCCCGUCGGCGCGGGGCGCGAGCCUGCAUCCAACACAAAGGAAGUCCCAGGCAGCGGCGGGGCGCCGAGGGAAGCCUGGCGGCCCCUGCCCGCAAGGGAGAGGCCGGGCGAGCAGGAAGGACGGACGGACGGACGGACGGGCGCGCGGGCGGGCGGGCACCCGGGCGGCGCGGGACGGGGUUUGGGUCCGAGCCGCGGCUGCCUGGCGCCCGGCGGCGUUCCUCCACCCGCAGGGCUUCCCGGGCCGCGCGGCUAGAGGAAGUUCCAGGGGCAGCGCCGGGCGGCGGCGGCCGCGGCGGCGAGGGGAGCCGCGAGUCCCGCUGAAGUUUGCAGGCGGGCAGGAAAGCGCCGGCUGCUCCUUCCCUCCCUCUGGAUUGGAGAGGGAGGAGGAAGCGAGGGAAGUGCCGCCGACACCGGGCGAGAGGGAGGGGAGGCGAAAGAAAGGAAAGGGGGAGGAGAAAAGGGCCGGCCCGGGAACCACCUGCGGCUCCCGCGGCCGCCGCGCCCAGCGCCCGCAGCCAGUGGCGGCCCCGGCGCCUCAGCGCACCCUGCCGGGGCGGGCGCGGGCGCACAGUCCCCAGACGCCCACGUCGCCGCCCCAACUCCCCUUGGCAGCCCCCGGGCGGUGGGGCAGAGCCCUCGCCCGCCCCCCGGGCCGGGGUGGAGCGCAGUGCGGGCGCCGCGGAGGCGGAGGCGCCGGGACGGCCGCGGCCAACUCUGCUUGCGCUGCUCACCUGCGCCCCUGCCCACAGCGCUCCGCAGUCUGGAGCGCUCCGCCCCGCGGGGAACGCCCCGGGCCCCUCGGGGUCCCCCGGUAUCUCCCACUUCCCUUCUGGAAGGUGGCCAACGCUUCUGGGCCGCCCGGGUGGACCUCAAAGAGAACGUCUUUAAAUGUCCUGUGGCCAGGGGUUCUGUAACCGACUAGGAAUCAGCGUCCGAAUCGGAACAACUUCUCUAGACCUCUUUUCAGGGGGCAUCCAGUGAGUUUUUUUCAGCAAGGUGACUCCCCCUGUGACUGCCUGCUACUACAACUGGAAAGGUCCAAUCUGAAAUGUGACUAAUCUGGGUGUCUCCACCAAGCAUGUGAGUUAGGGGUGGAGAACUAGAACCUAGAACCCUGAAUUCGGAGCCUGGAAGAUAGGUAAGCUACAAGCUAUUGAGAUCGUGGUCAUGGGACACCCCCUAACACAAACCUUCUGGUAGGAAGUAUUUGAGAAGACUGGGUCCAGUAUCCCCAAGCUAAAAUCCCACUAGCCCAUCUCUGUGUUUGCUCAGAAAAGGAAUCUGGGUUCUUUGGUUUCUGCUUUCCAGUUGACCCUGCUUGCUCCUCUGUUUCAUGGCAUUUUGGGAGUCAGGCUCCCAGAGCAGCGCUGAUUGUAAUGAGAAGCGCGUUCCCUCACUGGGGCACAGGAUUAGUGGGAGACAAAUGGGCCUGGGAAAGAGCUCCUCCAGAUAAAACUUAGUAGACAGAUACGGGUUGUGGUGGUGUUGUUUUGGUCUUUAUCCUGUUGUAUAGCGCCUCAUUUUUUACAAUGUGGGCCAGUAACAGUUUCAUAUCACCUACUCGGACCACCUUCGGGAUUGUUAUGAGGCUCAAAGGAACUGCUGCUGUCUGUGAAAAAAAACAUGCACAUGCUUUGCAAUUUAUGAAACACUGCAUAAACAUCAGGAACAGUAUAAAAGCGUGCUGCUUCCUUAAGAAAUACUAGUUGAGUGCCUGUGUGUUGGACACUCGCUAGAGAUAAGGGGCCUCCUGUGGGCAGAAGUGCGGACAAGGAGCUUUGUUCCUCCCCCAUGUCACCCUCCCAUGGCCCACUUGCUAGCCAUGGUAAGGGGAAAGAGGGGUGGAGGCCGCAGGAAGGCAUGUACUGAACUGGACCUCUGGUGGAAAGGCAUCACCCGCGCUGGGCUUGACUAUGGAAAUGAUAAUUAGACAAAAAGCAAAUUUGAGCAAUUUUCUUAUUCGAGAAAGCAACAGAGACAACUCGCAACAUCAACAAUGCAUUUGGCCCAGGAACUGCUAACAAUCAUGCAGUGCAGUCAUGGUUCAAAACAUUUUGCAAAGCAGAUGGGAGCCUUGAAGAUGAGAAGCAUAAUGGCCAGCCAUCAGAAGUUGACAAUGACCAAUUGAGAACAAUCAUCCAAGCUGAACCUCUUACAACUUGCAAAGAAUUCAACGUCGACCAUUCUACAGGCAUUUGGCAUUUGAAGCAAAUUGGAAAGGUGAAAAAGCUCGGUAAGUGGGUGCCUCAUGACCUGAGCAAAAAUUUUUAAAAAUCAUCAUUUUGAAGUGUGAUCUUCUCCUAUUCUAUGCACAAUGAACCAUUUCUUCAUCAGAUUGCGACGUGCAAUGAAAAGUGGAUUUUACAGACAACUGGUGGCAACCAGCUCAGUGGUUGGACUGAGAAAUAGCUCCAAAGCACUUUGCAAAGCCAAA